GUAUAAUCAGUAAUCGAAAAUGUGGGGAACGGUUACAAAAGUCGUGUUAUUAGGGCUUUGCCUUUCGUUGUCACCUUCGGCUGCGAACAACGACUGGUACAAGAAUAGCUUAAUUUAUCAGAUUUAUCCUAGAAGCUUUAAAGAUAGCAAUGGCGACGGUAUCGGCGAUUUGAACGGUAUUACCAGCAAAUUGGAGCAUAUCGCAGAUAUUGAUGCUGAUGCUCUUUGGUUAUCGCCGAUUUAUACCAGCCCUCAAGUUGAUUUCGGUUACGAUAUUUCUAAUUUCACAGACGUCAAUCCAGAAUAUGGUACUCUGGACGAUUUUGACAGACUUGUGGCAAAAGCAAAGUCACUCGGUCUUAAGGUAAUACUUGAUUUUGUGCCAAAUCAUAGCUCACACGAGCACCCGUGGUUUAAAAAGAGUAUACAAAAGAUCAAGCCGUACGAUGACUAUUAUAUUUGGCGAAAUGCAACAUACGUUAAUGGUACAAGGCAACCACCCAACAAUUGGCUCUCCGCUUUUGGAGGUUCGGCAUGGGAAUGGAAUAAGCAACGAGAACAGUAUUACUUACAUCAAUUCGCUGUUGGUCAGCCAGAUCUUAACUACCGUAACAAGGAUUUGGAUCAAGAGAUGAAGAAUGUUUUUUCGUUUUGGAUGGAUCGCGGAGUCGAGGGAUUUCGUAUCGAUGCGAUUAACCAUAUGUUCGAGGAUUCCAGAUUCCUGGAUGAGCCAUCAGCUAAUCGUCCUGACUUGCCACCGGAUGACUACGAUACUCUCAAUCAUAUCUACACCAAAAAUCAGAACGAGACGUAUACCGUACUUUCAAGCUGGAGAAAGUUACUCGAUGAACACUCUAAUAAGAUCAAAGGCAAUUACAAGAUGCUUCUUACUGAAGCUUACGCAGAUUUUGAUCUUACAGUAAAAUACUACAACGCCGGUUCUACCGUACCAUUUAACUUUAUGUUCAUGGCAGAACUUAAUAAUCAAUCCUCAGCUUCCGAUUUCAAACGUCUUAUCGAUCGUUGGAUGAAUAAUCUUCCUUCAAAAGACACGGUUGCCAAUUGGGUAGUCGGAAAUCAUGACAACCAUCGAGCUGCUAGUAGAUACGGAAAACAACGAGCUGAUCAAUUGAACAUGCUGUCUAUGAUUCUACCUGGUGUUUCUGUCGUUUAUAAUGGCGACGAAAUUGGUAUGCUGGAUAGAGAUUUCACUUACGAAGAGACAGUCGAUCCAGCAGGUUGUCAAGCGGGUCCAGAUAGAUAUUAUUUUAAAUCGAGAGAUCCAGAAAGGACACCAUUCCAAUGGGACAACAGUACGAGUGCUGGUUUCUCUACGAGUAACAAAACUUGGUUACCCGUGAAUAGUAACUAUAAGACCUUAAACUUGGACAUACAGAAAAAUAGUCUUAUCUCUCACUAUAAGGUUUUCCAGGAUAUGAUAGCGCUCAAGAGAACGCCUAUUAUCGAGAGCGGAUCUCUCGAAAGUAUUCUUGUUACCGAGAAAGUUUUGGGCGUUGUACGUAGAUUUCUAGGAUCAACGAUUGUUCUGCUGAUCAAUUUCUCGAAUUCCGAUGUUCAAGUUGAUGCCAGAACGUGGUUGAAUAUUCCCGAACAACUGCUUAUCUAUACUGCCAGUGUAGGAUCUAAUAUCAACAGUGGUACCAAAAUCAAAACGUCUUCUUAUGUUCUGCCGGGAGCUUCUUCUGUUGUUCUCGUAUCUUCAAAUGUCUUUUAAUAUUAAUUAAAGAAAACUUACAUGCGUGAAGUAAUUUUGUCGAUUAUUGUAAGAACAAUAAUAAUGGAUUUUGGAUUAUUCAUUAUA